GUCGGACCAUGGUCACAGGGCUGCUGUGUUUGGCAGCCCUAAGAGCUUUUGAUUUAUUUUUAUAGUCUUACCUUUUUUUUGAGUGAACUUUCCUAACAGCGUCUUACACGCAUAUUGGAAAGAGUCGCUUCAACAACUCUCCGCCGGGUCGCAACAACGCUUACCCACGGUACAAGUGCUGUCUCAACGGGCGUCUGUGUCGGAUAUUACUAGCAGGUCCAGCAGACGUUACUAGGCUGUGGCCGGAGCACGGGGAGAAGAUCACCCAGCGAAUGGUACAGUACCUAAACCUCUCGCAUGUCUAGCUUCCCAAUUUAAUCAUGGAAAAUUCCAGUGGUGAAGAAAAUGAGAAUGACCAAGAAGGCAAUACCGUAAAGUCCAAACCGAGAAGACAGUGCAGAAAAACAGAAAAUGACUCACCAAAUGAGUUCCCGCACAGGAAGCCCUCUCAGAAAGGGAAGGCUGUGAAUGAGAACUCUGACACAACAAAUACCUGCACUAAGGAUCAAGCUAAGUUUUCUUGUGAGCAUUGCGGGAAACAAUUUCACAGAAAGCCAAACUACAUUGUGCAUCAAAGAACGCAUACUGGGGAAAGGCCUUACAUAUGUAGUGAAUGCGGAAAAUGCUUUACACAAAGCUCCAGUCUGUUUAGGCACCUGAGAGUUCACGCAGAAGUGAAACCCUACACUUGCUUAGAAUGUGGCAAAACCUUUACACAGAAUGCCCAUCUUAUCACUCACACGAGGAUCCACACAAGUGAAAAGCCCUAUUGCUGUAGAGAAUGUGGCAAGUGUUUUAGCAGCAGUUCAAACCUGGUAAAGCAUCAGAAAGUUCACACAGGUGAAAAAUCAUGGCACUGCACUGUGUGCUGGAAGAGUUUUUCCUGCAGCACCCAGCUUCGAGCACAUUUUAGAGUUCACACAAAAGAGAAGCCAUACAUGUGCAGUAUGUGUGGAAAAAGCUUUAGCAGCAGUUCAAACCUGGUAACUCACCAGAGGGUUCAUACAGGAGAAAGGCCGUAUGCCUGCACAGAGUGCAGCAAACGCUUUACCCAAAGUUCCGCACUUCUACAGCAUCUCAAAACUCAUGCCAAAGAAAGACCCUGUGUGUGCCCCGAGUGUGGAAAGUGUUACACAGAUGAAGCCAGCCUCGGGAGGCACAAGAAAAUUCACACAGAUGAGAAAUUAUUUACAUGUUCAGAGUGUGGAAAAAGUUUCAGUGGCAACUCCGCACUGGUUAGACAUCAACGUGUCCAUUCAGUGGAGAGGCCUUAUACCUGUGCUGAGUGUGGGAAAACAUUUAAACACAAAUCUACAGUUGUAAGGCACAGUAAGGUUCACAUGGAAGAGAAGUCUUUUGUCUGCACAGACUGCCCAGAAAUAUUAAAAGAUAACUGGAGCCUUUUAAUGCACAGAAAAACACAUAAUGAAAGAAGUCCAGUAAUACAUUAAACUAACAUAUGUGCUUUGUGUCCGUGCAUUUGAAUGAAUGCUCCACAAUGUUGAAGUGUUAGGACAGAAUAUAUUGUGAUUGCUUUUAACGUACAAUAUUAAGUUUUGUAAUGUUAUAACAUCACUUACUGGGACAAAAGUUGUUAAAGACUAAGGUGUCUCAGACUGUCUUCUAAAGCAGAGGUUUGGGGCUCCGACUUGUUAAGCUCAUAUAAAGUUUGUGAUAAUGCAUUUAUUGUAGAUGUUGCCAUGUCCUGAAAUUAUAGAACCCUGUCCACGAUUUAUACCUAAUAUAGACCCAAAUGUAUUAAGCCUUAAAAAGGGCAUCCGGUCUCUAGGUCGACCACACUUAGGUCGACAGUGUCUAGGUCGACCACUUUCGGUCGACAGCAAGUAGGUCAACAUGGUUUCUAGGUCGACAGGGACUCUAGGUCGACUUGACAAGGUCGACAUGAGUUUUUCACUUUCUUUCUUUUUUUAAUUUUUUUUAACUUUUUCAUACUUUACGAUCCACAUGGACUAUAAUUGGAAACGGUAAGCUGUGCCGAAUGCAGUGGUAACGGAACGAGGCACCUUGCCUGAAGCAUGGCGAGCGAAACGAUGCACUAAUUGGGGUUCCCAGUCACUGUACGGAGAAAACGACAUAAAAAAGUGAAAAACUCAUGUCGACCUUUUGUCACGUCGACCUAGUACAUGU